AUCAUUUCAUCAAGAAACAAACAACUUAGUCACCUGCAGCCUGUUAGAAUACUAUGAAUUGGUUGCCUUAUCUCUGUAAUAGAGAACAGUGCUGUCAAAAUGACCUGUUUAAAAUGUCAUUAAUAACAUCAGCGAGCUGAUUGGCUCCUGGUUUUAAUAAUAACUGGAGAUGUUAUCAGGACCAGCAGCUUUACAUUAAGCUGAGAGCGGGAACGACGCUACUGUAAAACUGUGAAUUAAUAUUUUGGAGCCAAGUCAGAAUUGGAUCCAUUCAGUCUGAUAACAUUUGAACUCUAGAAGAGCUGCACACUUUAAUAACUGUAUCCUCAUUCAAGUUAGCAGAGGGCUAAACAGUAGCACCAGACCAAGAACAGUGUUGUGAUGUUGUGAUGGUUCUUUAUGAAUUCACCCCUGAUCUCUGCACUACAUACAAUGAAACAGGAAAGAUGAAAAGAAAUACUGUAAUUUUGGCCAACAAAACUUUUUUAAAAACAUUAUUGUGAGACUCCAAACUACUUAAAAAUGCUGUGCCAUGUGUUGGUGUGGGGCGGAUGACUGGGUUUAGUUUUAACAGAGCAGCUGACAUCUCUGUGACUGUGGAGACGUUAGUUUCUAACAGGAAGGUGACAUUCAGGUUUCAGUUUAUCAGAAACUUUCAGGAAUACAAACACUGCUGUUCAAACUGACACAGUUAGAAAAUAUUAACAACAGUCAGUAUACUUACGGGGCGGCUGUAUCUCAGGAGGUAGAGUAGGUCGUCCAGAAAUCAGAAGGGAGCUGAUUUGAAUCUCGGUACUUCAGAGCUUCAGUGAGCUACUGAACCCCAAAAUGCUCCUGAUGAUCAGAUGGCAGCCUAAAACUGUUACUACCACUGUUCAGAUUAAUACAACUGCUACUUCUACACAGAUUCUCUACAUAUUUAGUUUUUUAAGACAAUGUUUAUUUUCUGCUAAAUACUUGUAAAAUAGUUUGGUGCCUCUUCAGAUCAAUUCACAAAAUAUUGAAACAUAAACGACCCACCUCAGCGUCUGGACCCGCCCAGUCCGUCUGUCCAUCCAACCAUAUCAGAGAUGAAACAAACAAACCUUCGGUCUUUAAAUAGAGUCAGGAACACAAGCUAACAUCAGUCCACCCAACCGGACUCAUGGUAAUUUCAUUUAAGGCCAGUUUGUUCUGGUGCUGAUCCGGUCAGAUCUCAAAGUUUGAGUUUUUGUUUGAUUUGUUGUGGGAUUUUUUGUUGUUAUAUUGUUUGAACAUUUUUAAGGGUAUUUGUUUUGUUGGAUUUUACUGAUCCCUGUGGUGCUGGUGCUGGUCCAGUCAGUCCUGCUCCAGGUGUCAGGGAUCGGUCAGGACAUGGAGCGUCGUCAGAGUCUGGAGGAGCAGCUCAGAUGUCCUGUCUGUCUAGAUGUCUUCACUGAACCUCUGAUGCUACAGUGUGGACACUCCUACUGCAAGUAUGAGAAAUGGAUAGGACACAACCUUCCUGUCCCUACCUGUCCUUUCCUCAUGUGUCUCGUCCUCACCUGUCCUCACCUGUCCAGGUGUUGUGUACGCUCCAUGACGAUGGACCUGCUUGGUCAGCUGCAGUGUCCUGUGUGUCGCUGCUCUGUAGACGGAGACAGUCCUCCUCCCAACGUCAGCUUGGCUCGAAUCAUUGAGGUUCUGCAGGAGGUGAGUGUUUCAGGUGGGGCUCAGCCGGAGUUGUGCCCUCAGCAUCACAACCCGCUCAGCCUUUACUGCGAGGAGGAGAGGAAGGUGAUCUGUGGCCUCUGUGGAAGCAUCGGUGAUCACAGAGGACACAAAAUCACACCUGUGAGCUCCGUCUACAGCCACAUGAAGGAGGACAUUUCCUGUUUGAUGACGGAGUUCCAGCAUCAGAAACGUAAACUGGAAGAUCAGAUCUGUAAAAUGACGUACAACAAAUCCAGGAUCACUAAUGAGUCUGACGUGCUGAAGUGGGUGGUGAGGAAGGAGUUUGGUGAACUACGGCGCUGCCUGGAGGUGGAGGAGGCGGGCUUCAUGCAGCAGGUGGAGACGUCAGCUGCUGUCCUCAUUUCAUCCCUCCAGAACCAGGCGGACCAGUUAAACCAAAACCUGAACCAGCUGCAGGAAGCCCAGAACACCCUGCAGGACCUGAGCAAUGAGGAACACCUUGGCUUCAUCAUGAAAUAUGGUUCAAUUGCUCCAAGGUUCAGGGAGAUUCAGGAGCUCCAGCAGAAGGAGGAGAGAACUUUCAUCUCACUGAACUUUAAACCAGGUUUCAACCACAACAACAUCAAACUGACGGUCUGGAAACGGUUACAGAGAAAAGUCUUGCCAGCUCCACAGCUGUUGAAGCUGGAUCCUCAGACUGCCCACCCGAUGUUGGAGCUCCGUCGUGGGGACACGGUGGUGUCCUGCGGGGCUCUGCUGCGGAGGCUUCCUGAUAAUCCAGAGAGGUUCAGUUACAGCUACUGCGUCCUCGCCGACCGCGGGUUCUCCUCUGGAAAACAUUACUGGGAGGUGGAGGUGGGUGACAAACCUAAAUGGCGUCUGGGGUUGAUCAAAGGAACGACCAAUUGUAAGGCCAAGCUGGUGAAGAAUCCAGAGUGCGGAGUGUGGUUGAUUGGCCUGAAGGAUGGAGUCUAUGAAGCCUUCACGUCCCCCAGGGUUGUCCUGCCGGUGGUGUGUCCUCCCCGCAGGGUGGGACUCUUCCUGGACUAUGAAGGCAGAAACCUGACCUUCUAUAACACCGACAGUCCUGACGAGCUGGGCUUCAUCUACAGCUUCAGACUGGAGGUCCAGGGGAAAGUCUACCCCCUGCUGGACGUCUGCUGGCAUGACCGAGGUGGCAACAGACAACCCCUGGUCCUCCCCCAGCCUUAUAGGGAGCAUCUCCUCCCCCUCCCCCCAGCCAAGACACAUGACAAGUGACAGUCCUGCUUUAGAUUACGUUUCAUUACCCUGCUGUGUACUUCAUUAUCCUGCUGUAUACUUCAUUACCCUGCUGUAUACUUCAUUACCCUGCUGUGUACUUCAUUACCCUGCUGUGUACUUCAUUACCCUGCUGUAUACAUAUCCUAAGUGUGUAUUAUAGUUCUCUGUUGUAAUACUUGUGUUCUUGAACACAUCACAGCGUCUCAACAUGAAUGAAAGCACACAGAAAUAUUCACGCAUGUAUUUCAUGAUUUAUAUAAACGACUUCACACAAAUGUCUUUCAGUGCUCACAAAAUAUUGUCAGUAUUUAGUAAUACAGAAGUAUUGAUCUGAGGAACAGAGAGAACAUGAUGACAUCAUCUGAUGUGUAACAAACCAAAAUCAAUCACAACUUUCUAAUGAAAAACUCAGUCGAUGUCAUAAAAGGUGAAUACAGUACAAAUAUCUGCUUAUUAAGUCUAACCACUGGAUGUGAUACUUCAGCCAAUAGUAUGAAAAAUUAUAUCUGAAAAAUAUAUUAAAUGAUUCAGGAGUAGAGAAAACAUCUUUAAUUUUUUCAUAUUUUCACUAUGAAUAUUCAAAAGUUUCAAGGAGAUGUAAUCCUCAACAAGUCAUUAGUACUUCGAGUUUAAAUGUUAAUGUCUGAUAAACCUGCACAGUCAGUGUGUGAAGUAUUAAUCACAAUCACUGGGAUGGCCCGUAAAAUUCACCUGGAUUCGAGUCAGCCUGUACAAAGAUCCAGAUGUUGACAGCUUCAUUAAAAAGGAGUGGGUAUCCUCUCUAGAGACAAAGAUUCUCAAAGUCGUCACCAACAGGAAAAGCAGUUUCCACUCGAACAACAAAUCUGGUAAAUACUUUGAAAAUCAGUCAAGGAGAAUCUCCCUCUUUACGGCCUCAGCAGAUGCUGAGAUUUUUAUGCAAACUGAAAACAGCCCAUAUCGAGAGGACAUCCACUCAUUUCUUUACAGCAUUCAUUUACUGCAAUUCAGUAGGAAGCUAAAUGACUUUACUGACACACCAGUAACAGUAACCAAACUUUACACUGCCCUCAAACUCAUCCUCGACAACAGAGCACCAGGACCUGACUGCUCCCUGCUGAGGUCCAUAAACACCUGGUCGAUUUUAGCUCCAUUCAAAAGACUUUUAACUGAAAUAAAACAAAAUUCAAGAAAGGCAGCAAACAUGAAUAUAGCAACAAUCUUAUUGCUUCUAAAACCAAACAAAGGUCCCACACAACCAUUGAGAUACUGCCUGAUUUCUCUAAUCAGUGUGGACAUCAAAGUCAUAAGUCAAACACUCGCUUAUAGAAUAGAAAGAAUGAUUUCAUCCGUAAUCUGCUGUGACCAGCUUCAUCCAAGUAGACAUCCAUCCAGUAACACUAGACUUUUUAAUUUAAAUCUCUACAACAAACAGCAACAUUCUCGUCCCUCCACAGAAGAAACUGCCCAUUUCUCAUCCACACAAUGCAAAAGUGUGGCACUGCUUUGAGGCAAUGAUGCCCACUGUCUCCCUUCAUCUUCAACAUCUUCAUCCAACCAACAGCUGCAGACAUUCAUCAGAACACAUCAAAGGAAUCCAGACACCAAACAUGCAUCAUAAAAUCCGUCUUCAUGCAGAAGACAUAUUGCUCUUCCUUCAAAACCCUCAUUGACCUCUACGAGAAACUACGGAACUCAUUGAAACUUACUGCAACAUCUAUAAUUACUCCAUAAACUGGCAAAAAUCCUCUAUUCCUCCACUGCACAGGAACAGCUGGGAUACAGCUGCCCACACAUCACCCGUCCCUUCAUGCACAAAUCACAUCACAUAUCUGGGAAUUAAUAUCUCCCAAGGACGUCAGAGCUGUUCAGUCUCACCUCCCUCUCACUUCUCAAAACCAUCAUGACCCCCUCUGCUGGUUCAAAUCUCCAGACUCAAUGUUCACUACAUUCUAUUGGAAAAAACGGUACAUCAGGAAUCAAAUGAACAACUCUACAAAAAAAAAAAAAACACAAGGAGGACUUGCAGCACUAAGUCUGAUCAACAAGAAACAAUCACACCUGGGCUCACCUAGCCUUGUAACACAUAUGAAGGCUAGUUAAGUCAACAGGAGGCCCAACGAUUCUAAAACUCAGAGGUCACACGUGUCCUAAAUGACUCUGUAAGGACACUCCCACUCUGUGCAAGGACAUUCCCAUACAGAGUUUAAAAGCCUGCAACUUCAGUUAGUUAGAACUGAUGAAGCCUCUUAGAUGAAGGGUGAAACAUCUUCAGCAAACAGAUCCAGUUGCCUCCAAUACAGCACUUAGUUUCUACACUUGGUCAGAGAAAACAAAACACACACUGGUUACAUUCCACCACCUGGUCCUGGAGUAUGACAUCAGGAGCAAUCAAUUUCUUGAUUACGCACAACUCAAAUCAUGGAUCCAAACCACAUGUAACAGAAUGGCUUUCGACUUAGAUCUACCCCCUCAACUGCAGAGGCAAUUAACAUCACUGGGAAAUUGGCCUGUCAGUCAUUCACAAUGCCAACUUCUGACACCAAAUCUAUGACUAAUACAAUACAAGAUACUCCACAGAACUCACCUCAUUGGACACAACACAUUUUAAAUUGGAUUCACAAUAGAAAAUUGUACAAACUGCACUCAAAACAACCCUGAUAGAUACAUUCACACUUUCUGGCACUGCACAACCAUUCAACGAUUUUGGAACAAAGUCACAGAGUCUCAGAGUCACUUUCUGCCUUCCUGCGCUGUCACAUCCUCUUACACCCAUCACUGUGUUUAUCAGUAAACUUCUCCUCGCAGCCCUCACUGUCGCCAAGGGAACUAUCCUCCUGAACUAGAAAUCAAAGAACAAUACAAACAUUACACACUGGAUUAACUUACUAAUGGAUCACAUCUCUGCAGAAACCUGCAUCCAGUACACUGCAAUAUAACCGUCGCCAUCUGGUCACCACUCGCUCAGUUUUUAGAGGGCUAAUCCUUUAAUUGAAUCACAUUACAUUUUACUUUAUAUCUAUUAACCCAGUUUGCCUGGAAACCAUUAAUAACUUACAUAUACACUUACUGAAAACAUACAUACAUACAAACAAACAUGGAAUCAAAAUAAGAACAAUUAACUCCACAAUGACAUCCAUAACUAUGUUGUUUUAGCUGUCUUUAAAUUUCACUGACAAUAACACAGAACAUCAAACGCCUUAACAAAGGGCUUCACAUUCUAUUUACCAUUUCAAAGAGCACCUGGUGACAUGCUUAACAUAACUGGAGUCCAUCUUUGUAGAAAAAUGCCCAUUCUGCCCCGUUAAAGAGACGUGUUUCAGAGUACACAGUUCACACCUUGUUUGUUUCCCAUUGCAUUUCUUCGAGGUACUCCGAGCACAAACAACAUGGGAGCGAUUGGAGUGGUGUUCAUUAUCUUUUCACUCUUCUCUUUUAUAUCCUGCCAACAUCCCUGUAACACUGGACAGUCCCAGAAGACAUGUGAAUGGUCACCUGUCAUCCCACAAUUCCUCCAACAAAGUGGAGACACUGAAUCUUUAUAAAAUGUUGAAAUUACCCCUGGUCUUCCAAUCAAAUUCCUUCCAUACAUUACAGGUGAUACCUUUGUGACUACUCAUACACAUGUCCUCCCAGGUCCUGUCUUCAGCCGUCACAUUGAGUUCUAGGUCCCAUUGUUCUUUUACACUGAAGGUAUUUUCUGCCAUGUCUCUUAUGAUCUUAUCCCGCUCUGUGGGGGUUUGGAUGUUGUGCCUUAUUUGUAGGCAUUGUAUCAUUGUAGAUCUUCUGGGGGAUGUGCAAAUUGAAUUCAUAAUUGGGAGGGUUAAAAUUACUUUAUUUCACUGCCCUCCAAAAGCUGGUUGAUUGCUCUUAGACCAUUAUAUUCUCAUCGUUUGAAUCCACUGUCCUGCACUGGAAAGGAAAUCUAUCACAUAUUUGUUUUUUCCUAAAUCCCCCCUCUGUUUACCCAUCCUGCCUCCUGAGCAGAGGUAGGAUGAAGAAUAGAUUUAUUUGUUCUUUUCUUCUCUCUCACCUUCUUUCACACACACACACACACACACACACACACACACACACACACACACACACACACACA